GGGCAAGGGCACCUGACUAGAUGCACACCCCGCAGAGUGGCCUCCAAGCGUGCUCCCCAGCCACUGCCCGCCGUCUCCAAGGGUCUGCACCGUGUGCUCUGAACCACGGUUUCAUCCCGGCCCUGAGCAAGCCAGGAGACGCGAGGGUGCUGGGGGAGGUCGCAUUCCUGGGGCAGAAGCCGGAGACAAGGUCCGAGGCAAGAAGCAGAGGUCCACCCCUGCUCUCAGCUCUGGCUAGCAGUGAUGGCCGCGCCCAGGGACCCGCGGCGUCUCUGUAAGUUGGUGCAGGAUGGCCAGCUGCAGGCCUUGCAGGAGGAGUUGCCAGUGGCUGGAGGCUUCCAGGGGCCGGCCGGUGACACCCUGCUGCAUUGUGCCGCCCGCCACGGGCGUCUGGACAUCCUAACCUAUUUGACCGAAGCCUGGGGCAUGGACAUCGAGGCAACCAACCAAGACUACAAGCGACCUCUGCACGAGGCUGCCUCUAUGGGUCACCGGGACUGCGUACGCUAUCUGCUGGGCCGAGGGGCAGCUGUCGACUGUCUGAAGAAGGCCGACUGGACUCCUCUGAUGAUGGCUUGCACAAGGAAGAAUCUCGGGGUGAUCCAGGACCUUGUGGAACAUGGCGCCAACCCACUGCUGAAGAACAAGGACGGCUGGAACAGUUUCCACAUUGCCAGUCGAGCAGGCGACUCUCUGAUCCUCCAGUACUUGCUCUCGGUGUGCCCAGAUGUGUGGAAGACAGAGAGCAAGAUAGGAAGAACUCCUCUGCACACGGCAGCAAUGCAUGGCUGUUUAGAUGCAGUAAAGCUGCUUCUUAAGAGAUGCCAGUAUGAACCAAACAGCAAAGACAAGUGUGGCAUCACCCCCUUUAUGGAUGCAAUCCAGUGUGGCCACAUCGAUAUAGCAAAGCUGCUCCUUGAAAAACAUGAGGCUUGUUUCUCGGCUGAGGAUACCCUGGGGGCCCAGGCUCUGCACAGGGCAGCAGUCACUGGGCAGGAUGAAGCCAUUCGGUUCUUGGUGUCUGAUCUUGGCAUUGAUGUAGAUGUGAAAGCAGCAUCAACCCACCUCACAGCACUUCAUUAUGCUGCCAAGGAAGGACAUAUUAAUACAAUUCAGACUGUCUUAUCCUUGGGCGCCGACAUCAAUGCCAAAGACGUAAGAAAUCGAUCAGCCCUGCAUCUGGCCUGCGCAGGACAGCACUUGGCCUGCACUGAGUUUCUGCUGCAGUUGGGGCUGAAGGACUCUGCAGAUGUUACAGGCACCCUGGCUCAGCAGCUCACGGAGAGAGCGGACUUUCUACAGAGCUUUGCUCACCAUGCAAUGACAUAAGGAUGUUUCCAAAAAAGAGGCAAUAAAGUGUAUGGUAAUUGA